AUGUCAUCAAUCGACUGUUCCGAGGUUGCAUGUGGCGAAAAACAAGCAUAUUCAUGUGGAGAUGGACAAUGCCUUUCAUGGCAUGAACGUUUUUACAAAGAUCGUACGCCGUUUUGUAAAAAUGGACUUGGCUUUUUCGGUAUAUGUGAAUCAAUAGGCUUUGUUACGACAGCCACAGGCGGUUGCUCUAGUGGGUUCUUCGUUACGGUAACUAACAUGUCGGUACCAUGCGAUCAACUGGUACGAUGUGCUGCGGUGGCUGAUCGUAGUUGUACAAGCAAUGACGUUGAAAAUCUACAACAACAUGUACUUGAUUAUUGCUUUCUGAAUAUGACACAUGGUUAUUUGUAUUCAUUGCCUAAUAUUUUAUCUCCAUUUGUCGAUGCUUACUUUACACGCGAACAAUUUGAGUCCGAUGACGAAGACGCUACGCGUCUACCUGCUCUUUUCUGUUCUUCCGAUAAAGCAAAGUGUUUGCAUUUUCAUGAUGUUUAUAAUGAGAAAUAUCCAUUUCCUCCAUUUGAGUAUCUGUUUGGGCAACAACAAUCCUUACCUGAUUACUGUCUUAAUUCCAAUGCCUUUUAUAUUUGCCCAAAUACGCACAAAUGUAUAUCGAACUAUCGAUUACUCGACGGAUUCGAUGAUUGUAUCGAUCGGUCGGAUGAAAAUCCUAAUUUACAGCGACAACUCAAUUCUAAAUUCACUCGACAUCGAUAUAGAUGUGCAAUACAAAAUGAUGAAACAAUAUUACCGCAUCUUUUAGGUGAUGGUAACAAUGACUGCUCGGAUGGCAGUGAUGAGUUCGAGUUCACCUCGGAUCGCAUUAUCAACUGGCGCGAGGAAGAUUGCCUUAAUCUUGAUGAUACCAUUUGUCGACUGAUACGAGGUGAUGCAAUAUUAUAUGUUGAUAUAUACAUGACAGACUUGUGUGAUUCAGAGUUCGAUUUACAGCAUUCACUCGAUGAAGUUGACUGCGGUCCUGAAUGGAUUUGUCCGAAAGAUUGGAAGAAAGGUCGAAGUCAAACAUCGGGUUCUUGUCUUCACCAAAGCCGAUUUCAAGAUGGCAAAUAUGAUUUCUUGGACGGAAGUGAUGAAUUGCAUGAUGAUGCACCGUGUAUUCAUGGACCACAUCCAUGGCUGAAGUGUGGAAGCAAUUAUAGUAGUGAAAUCAUGUGCGAACAAUUUGGUGACGGCAAUAUAAACUGUAUUGGUGCGCUUGACGAGCAGCAAAGAUUGACAUGUGGCCAAAGUGGUGCACUUAACAAUCGGUUUUAUUGUCGAAGUGAUAGUCGUUGCUUGCUGAUCUCCUAUAUUUGUAACGGUGUUCUUGAUUGCUCUGACGGAGAGGACGAGAAUGAGUUGCUAUGUGGUCCUCGCGGGGGUUGUCACAAUGAAUCAUUUGCGUGUCUUGAUAGAGCUGUCAACGGCAAGUGUAUUUCUUCGGAACGUGUCUGUGAUGGAAAAAAGAACUGCCCAAAUGGACGCGAUGAAGAAACUUUGUGCUGGUGGCGAUCGAAGGUAUUCUCUGGUGCUCGAUGCUUCGUGGUUAGUACGACAGGAGCACCAAAUAUGGCAUUUGCGUUAUGCAAAUAUGCAUGGAAUCUUUCGAUAAAUAUUACAUUAAUGCGUGAUGCUUAUUAG